AUGGACGAAGAAGCAAUUGAAGUCCAUCACGAGGACAGGCACUUCAGCUGUAAAACUUCACCCCUUACCCCAGAUUUACUAAAAGGCUUCCAUGACGAUGAAGAUGAAAGGCUUCGGGUCAACUUUGACUACGAAGUCAACCACAUAUACUACGAUGUUCGUUCCCCAGAUGAUAUUGGAACCAGUCGUCCAAAAUUUAUCUAUCAAUGCCUCGAACAACAUAAAAAAACAAUCUACCUUGAACAAAGUUUGUUAGAGAACUACCAGGAUUCGUAUCUUGUUCUUUCUAAGGCCAUGUUGUCUUUCGGGAUCACAAGGGAUCGUGUUGUGCGGGAUAUAGUGGAUGAGAUUGUAAAGCAGGGUCGCGAAGCUCGCCCCAAAAAGUUUCCCAACAGGCUUGGCAUGCUAUUUGGACUGCACGUUUGCAUUCUUAAAGACCAUCGCAUGUAUCGGUGCCAGCAGUGUUUGGUGGCUAGCGUUAUGAGGGAGUCACUGGCGGCGGCGGAGGUCAAGAUGGUGCCGGCGAGUGAGUCAUCCAUCAAGAAGGUCCUAAAGAAGGUUAUAGUUGGUCAAUGGGGAGAGUCAAUAAGGAGAAAUUAUCUGAGUGUAAGUGAUGAUGUGAAGGAGGAGGAAGAGGGUGGAAAGAGAAAGAGGAGGAGAAUUAGUGUGAGCGAAGGUGAGAGUUGCAGUGUUUGUAUGGAUGAGUUUGAGGGAGGAACAACUGUCGCUUGCAUGCCAUGCUCUCAUGUGUUUCAUGGCGAGUGCAUAGUAAACUGGCUCAGACAAAGUCACUACUGUCCUGUUUGCCGCUUUGAGGUGCCGACUGAUUGA